UCUACAGUCUACUUUAAUCAUCACAAAGUACUUAAAAUAGGGAAAGAGAGAAGCGAACGACAUAGUUUUCAGUAUUAUGAAAUAAGACGGCGUCGUUUGGUGAAAAAGGGAUUAGUCAGAUUAACGAAAUUAACAACCAUUUUAAAAAGGCGAAGCAGCGGUGACGUGGAUGGUUGAGAUCUUUUGCUUUAAAAUAUUUAAACCCAACGAAUUCUGGUAAAUUCCCAUUCUCCUAUUGCAGCUUUCGUCUUCCCUCCCAUUUUCUCAAAAAUGUCGCAACUGAAUCCAACUAUCUUCAAAUCCAUAGUCCCAUCUCGCUACAUUACCUUCACAAUCCCAAACCCAUUGCUUCAUCUCAAUCACUUCCAUACUCAAGAACUCCGCAUUUCAAUUCUUGAUUCACCUCUCCCUUCAAAUCCGACUCAAAUCGCAGCAAUGUUAGUUCCAAUUAACCGCGAAUCAGACUGGAUUUUUUCUACAGAACAAGGUCAUCUUCAAAUCCUCCUCACUUUCUCUCAUCUCUCUCGCCUCAUAAUCAUCGGCAAUUCACCGAAUUCCCCACACCCCACUUCGUAUAAUCCCACAUUGCACUCCAAUUGUACCGCUGAUUCAUCUGUUCUUGAAGAAAAAUUGUUGCCUCUGUUGAUUGAGUUGACACCCACAUCGGCAUUUCGUCGAACAGGUGAUGGGCUACCUGAAAUACCUGAAAUUCCGUUCUUGAGCUAUGAAGAUGGGGUAAUUCGGAGUCUGGUAUUGGAAAGAUGUGUUGGACAAUGUGUUGGAGAAAUGCUGGUAGAAGAUGUGGAGUUGGAAUUGGAAAAUGGGGAUAGAGAGUUUAGGAGGAGACUGAGAUUCAAGAGANUGUUGAUUGAGUUGACACCCACAUUGGCAUUUCGUCGAACAGGUGAUGGGCUACCUGAAAUACCUGAAAUUCCGUUCUUGAGCUAUGAAGAUGGGGUAAUUCGGAGUCUGGUAUUGGAAAGAUGUGUUGGACAAUGUGUUGGAGAAAUGCUGGUAGAAGAUGUGGAGUUGGAAUUGGAAAAUGGGGAUAGAGAGUUUAGGAGGAGACUGAGAUUCAAGAGAAUGCCAAAUUUGGUACAAACUCAGAUAAGAAUCCGUCCCAAGAAAGUGGAUUUUGUUGAUAUGGAAGGCGUUGAAUUUGAGGUGGUUGAUGAUGGGGAUCUAGUUCAUCCUUAUUUGACUCCAAUGGUGGCUGGUCUUUCAGUAAUCGCUUCAUAUUUGGACGAGCAAAUUGGAAAAGGGAUAAAGCCAAAAGCCUUGUGUUUGGGUGUUGGUGGAGGGGCGCUUCUUGGUUUUUUGAGUUCCCACUUAGGUUUUCUAGUCUUUGGUGUUGAGAUUGAUCAUAUUAUUUUGGAGGUUGCAAGGAGAUUUUUCGGGUUGGUACAUGGUGACUUGGUCCAUGUCUGUGUUGGAGAUGCUAUAGAAAUGAUUGAGAAAUUCGCGACUCAAGUAGAUAAUGAUAGUUUUCGUGGUUAUUGUGAUUUCACUGGGAAUGAUUGUUUGAAUAAAUUUCAUGGUAAGUUUGAUGUGAUCAUGGUUGAUUUAGACUCGAGCAAUGCUAGUAUGGGUACGAGUGCUCCUCCUUUAGAUUUCUUGCAAAAGUCAGUGUUAUUGGCCGCGAGGACAUUGCUUAGAAAAGAUGGUGUUGUUAUCAUAAAUGUGAUUCCUUCAGACCAGUCGUCUUACAAGUCAGUCAUUGUUGAAUUUCAAGAAGUUUUUGCAGGGUUGUAUGAGAUAGAUGUUGGGAAUGGAGAGAACUUUGUUCUAAUUGCCUCUACCUCAGAAACUGGACAUGUUUCCUGUCAUCAUCAAAGUAAAUUUCUAAGUAAGUUGAAACAAGUAGCAGGAUCUUAUGUUGACUCUAUAAGAAUGAUCUGAAGGCUUCUUAGUAGCUAAGCUCUUACAGAUAACUGAGUGAAAGUGUGCAGAAAGGAUGAGUCAUAGGACAAAGAUGAAUCUAAUAUUUUUAGCCGAUAUAGGGAUCCAAUUGUAUAUAGUUCAUUUGUUGGUAUCUUGGAGGAUUACAAGCA